AUGCGCAUGGAUGCUACAAAAAGUAUAGUGGCGUGUUUUGUAACGCGACUGGUAUUAUCCGCGCUGUUUCCUUCCCUGCAAGCGCAACUGGAUAAGUCCGUUGAGUUUUCAACGCCAAUGACCUCCUUCAGAUCCCUUUGUGAGGGUGUCUACAUGUUAAAGAACGGAUUCCCACUCUAUGGCGGCGGGGUGGUGCACCAGUCUCCGCUGCUGAUACUCCUGAUGUCUUUUGUGGAUAGUGAACAUCUACUGGCAAUACUGUACGCUGCGAUGGACACUGUUGUAGCGUACCAUAUUUUGGCACUGACUAGGUACUUCACGCAAAGUCUACAGAUACCUUUGUGGCUACCGAGUCUGCUGUAUGCUUUGAACCCGCUCGUAUUGCUCUCUUGUAUCAGCAGGUCCAGCGUCAUAUUCACGAACGUUUGUGUGUCAAGUGCGUUACUCUGCGCGGUGCAAGGCAAUGUGGUGGGAUCAGCGGUAGCCAUAGCGGGUGCAGGAUACCUAUCUGCGUAUCCGAUUCUGCUCCUGAUUCCCCUGUGUGGAAUGGGGCAGAAUAGACAACAGAAGGCAAGAUUAAUUGCUGUGACAGCGGCGACGUUGGCUGUGCUAGUAGCCCUGAGUUACUGGGCUACGGGCAGCUCAUGGGAGUUUUUAGCAUCAACGUAUGGCUCACUGAUCCGCUACGAAAAAUUGUUCCCCAAUUUGGGGCUGUGGUGGUAUUUUUUCAUUGAAAUGUUCGAAAUGUUCUUGCCAUUCUUCAAAGCAGUUUUCAAUAUUUUCGUGGUUUCUUUCAUUGCUCCAAUUACCAUCCGUUUCAAUAAGCAGCCAUUUUACGCUUUCAUUCUCUGCCUUGCUUGGAUAACAAUCACAAAACCAUACCCUACGUUGGGCGACUCCGGUUUUUUCCUCAGUUUCAUACCAUUUUUUCAACCACUAUUAGGCUAUUUGAGAUACCCAAUCAUAUCGUGCUUAUUGAUGCUGCAUGCCAUUUUCCUCUCUCCGAUUUUCUAUCAUCUGUGGGUUGACUUAGGUUCAGGUAACAGUAAUUUUUUCUAUGCCAUAUCACUAGUUUAUGCAUUGGCACUGGCAUCCAUAAUCGUCGAUCUUACAUGGGCAAUGCUCAGAAUAGAAUACGAUGAAGGCAAGCCAAAUUUUAAUCUCAAGCUAACUCAAAUAUGA